AUGGGUUGUGAAAACGGUGCCAUAUUUGGAGACCCUAUCGUCAAUGAAGGGCUCUGGGUUUUCUGUCUUGUAGGCGGAGAUGAGUUGGAGGGUCUCGCCGAGAAAAGGGAGGCCAAGGUUUCCCGGUGGCAGAUGGAGUUUCCGGCGAAGAGAAUAGCCAGCGAUCUCUUCUCUUCUCUGCAAUCGGACGCUGCUGUUGGGCCGGUGCCGGCGCCAGAGUGGGGAUUGGGGAGGCGACGCUUAUUGCGGCCCAUGGGAGGCGACGUUGCUCUGAACGUUCGUCUCUGCCGCCUCUCUCUUCGACGCCUGCAACAUUCGUCUCUGCCUCCUCUCUUUUUUCUGUAG